AUGGCUCAUAAUGAGGUAUCGGCCGCCUGGCAUCCGGCUCUCAGAUCGGAGGAUGGUGUACCUUCGAAUGCACCUAUCUCGGACGACCUAACACAGGAAUCGAAAGAUUCCACAACAGAAUCUGCCGCCGAGCUCAACUCUCCCCAGGCAUUUAUACAAGAGAACGAGUUUCAUAGCAGCUCUUCAUCCCAAGAUACCGAUGCUUCUGUUGACGUGCAGCCUACAGUCGCCCCGGCCGGAAUGGACUUAGAUACUCCGCCGCAUGCUGAGCAAGUCUUGACUCCCGAGACUGGUCAGGAGAACACUGCAGAGGAUUCCGCGCAGGAAGAUAUCCCAGGUAAUCAGCAAGGGUUGCUGCAAACAAUGUCCGAUGAGCCUCGUGUUAUCGAGACUUCUGAGGAAAGCGCGCCUGCGUUUGGGGGCGACGCGAACGGGUCUCACGAUACCACGGCGCCUGACAACGUUAUGGACGAAUCCUUUUUAGAAGGACAUAACACUACAGAGCAUCGCGAGGAUAACGACGCAGCUUCUUGGUUCAAUGAGCAGGUUGAUAAAGGUGACCAUCUGACUACCAACGAAUUUGUGAAUGACGAUAACCAAGAGUUUUGGGGAAGCCCUACAAAUGGUGAUGCCGGGGACGACUUUUUCAGCCAGCUGAAAACCCAAACCAAGCCAAUUUAUAUUCCACCUGAAACAGAAUCUAGAUAUGAGGAGGGUGUUCCGUUGCUAGAUCAUACUGUUGAGUCACCAGCCCAGCCUUCUGUGAAGGAAGAGAGUCAGAUCGAUAAACUGUUUGAGAAUGAUGGUGACGAUGAAGGUGGAGCAUUCUUCAAUGAGGUCCAGGGAUCUGUACCAGAAGAAGCAGAACCAUCUCCCCAUAUUACUCGCAAGAGUACCACACAAGUCAUCGGCUCGCUUGACGCUUCCCCCGACUCUCCGGUCAGCGCCGCAUCCCCAACAGCUCAGGAAUUUGACAAUAUCCUAGCGGCGGCUGCAUCAGAGAACCAGGCCAAGGAGGAUCUUUCUGACGAUGAUUUGGCUGCAAAGUGGCAGGCUGAACUGUCCAAUGACCAACCUGAGAAGGGUUCAGAAGAUGAAUUGGCUGCUAGGUGGCAAGCAGCGCUUGAUGACGAUGACGAUUUGCUUUUGGAGGAUGAGAUUGACGAGAGCUCGAACAAUCGUCAAGAGUCACUUCCUCAGGAUCUGAAUGGGAGUGUCUACGAGACGACCCAGGCAACCCUGAGCAGUCCCUUCGGUACUCCGCAGAGCUCAGCGCGACCUCAGGCGCAACCCACCAGUUACACGCCACAUCAGCCAUCCACAUCGGAUUUACUACAAGGGAUCCCAGGCAUUGCUCCUCAAUCAAGUGUCGCUCCAAUGCAAGACUAUUUUGCAACCCCACCCCAGCCGCGACCGACCGCAAAGAGAGCAGAGAGUUUCGCAGAACGCUCUAAACAAGGCUACAAGUCACCCUACGACCUGCCAGAUGAUCUUACUCGUCCUCGCAAACCCGUGGUCGCCCACAAACCGGUUGUCGCGCAUCCUGGUAGCAUGCCACCACCACCACCUCGGAGUAGCAGUAUCCCAGGGCCUCCUACCAAUGCGUCAGGGGUACCUACUCCACCUCCGGCGGCAACGUCAGUUCCAGCUCCACCUGUCACCACACCUAAGAACUUCUAUGAAGAACUUCCUUUGCCGCCCCCUCGGCCAAGAUCCCGGCCCGCGAGCUCGGGACGUUAUACACCUACUGCUAAUAUAGUGACGUCCCCACCAUCGCACUCGCAGCCGCCGCCGCCUCCGCCCCCAGCGAACCCAUAUGCUAGCCUCUCAUCUCCUCCGCAGGACAGUGCUAGUGUCGGUUCUCAACCUCAGUUGCAGCAACCAGAACGCUUAGAUCCGUAUGCAAAUCUAUUGGGCCCCGGUGCUCCAGGUGCCCCGGCAGCGCCUAACGCAGCGUCACGAUACUCGCCUAAACCACCUACUGUACAACCUGGGACCAAACCUCCAUUGGCACCCAGGUAUUCUCCGGCACCACCCCAGUCCGCUGCCCCGGCACCACCUCGUACCCGCUAUGCUUCUCAGCCAUCCAGCGUCUCUAGCCAGGGGGCUGUUUUGCCCUUCCAACCACGUACCUCAAGUCCGUUGGCUCAUCAUGAAAAAGUCUCAUACCAUCCGCCAGAGGGUCUUGCUAUCAGAUCUGUUCCAGAACCAGCAUCUAGCUAUGCUCCCAACGGUAUGCAGCCGCAACCGGAUGAGCAGGAAGUUUCUAACUCGAUCACAGCUCCCGUUGGCGCUGUAGAUUCAGCUGUUGCGACGGCGGUUCCUGAAAACGUGUCGGCGGCUCUUCAGCCCACCUCACCUCCGAGGACUUCGUAUGCUCCUCCGUCGUAUAUAAAUGAAUUUUCAAAGCGUGUUGCUCCUAUGGCCAGUCCUCCACCGGCGGUUGUGCCUCCUCCUGGUGACGCUCAAUUUGUUCAGCCUCGCAGGUCACAAACUCAAUCCCCUAGCCAACAGGCAUCGGCUCCAGGAUUGUCUGUACCCUCGGAUCCUUUCCAGCGGCCUGCUUCGGUUCAUGCUCCUGCUUCCCCCACGAAGUCUGCCAACCCCUACGCCCCAUCUCAUGUUUCUCUCCAUCACCGUGUUCUGUCACAACAACUUGAGUUCAUCCCACCCAAUGAUGGACAGGAAUUGGAUCCACUCGAGCGAUGGAAAGGCGCCCCAAUUGUCAAGUUUGGAUUUGGCGGCUCUAUAACGUCAUGUUUCCCAAAGCAUGUGCCUCGAUAUGCUGCUGGUCAAGCCGCGCCAAAAAUCAAGUCUACCCCAGGAGAAGUGAAAAUACUCCCAGUCAACGAUUGGGUGCCUAUCACUGAAGGCAUUGUGCAACAUCCCGGUCCACUGAAAAACAAGUCCAAGAAGAAGGACCUAGUUGCCUGGCUCUCGAGUAAGAUCGUGGCAUUCGAGAAUGAGGGCAUCUCUGAAGCAGCCCAAUUACACCCUGAGUCUUCGAAACGGCAUGACGAGAAAAUAUUACUGUGGAAGAUUGUUCGAGCGUUGGUAGAACACGAUGGUGUCUUGGAAGGGUCGGCUGAAAUAGAAAAGUCGUUACGCUACAUUAUAUUCCCUCACCUGCAAAGUUCAGAGUCGGAGCCGACUUCCGGAGUCAACCUCCCAGCCUUCAAUGCUUUGCCGCCACUGAACGCCCCUUCCAAGUCGGAUGCUACUGACAGCCAGUCAAUAGAGAGCAUUCGCAAUAGCCUUCUUGUAGGCAACCGGGAGAAAGCCGUAUGGGAUGCCGUGGACAAUCGUCUAUGGGGUCAUGCUAUGAUAAUCGCCUCAACCCUCGAUAGGUCUGUUUGGAAGCAAGUCGUUCAAGAAUUUGUCAGACGUGAAGUCAAAUCUACGACUGGUAACUCGGAAUCCCUUGCCGCACUUUAUGAAAUUUUCGCCGGAAAUGUUGAUGAAAGCGUUGAUGAGCUUGUCCCCCCGUCAGCAAGAGCGGGAUUCCAGAUGGUCAGUAAAGUUGGUGGACAAGGGCCGUCUAAAAAUGCCCUUGAAGGUCUGGAUAGCUGGAGGGAUACGUUAGGGCUAGUCUUGAGCAACCGCAGUCCCGAGGACCACAAGGCCCUGCUGGCCCUCGGUCGACUGCUCUCGUCAUACGGUCGGACGGAAGCUGCUCAUAUUUGUUUUAUGUUUUCACGCGCCGCGGUAUUUGGCGGUGCGGAUGACCCUCAAACGAGUAUAGUUCUCUUGGGAGCCGACCACCAACAUCUACCCAUGAACGUGUUGCAGGAUGAUGAUGCGAUCUUGCUUACUGAAGCGUAUGAAUAUGCAGUUUCAGUCUUAGCGGGGUCUCCUACGUCUACAUUACCCCAUUUGUUGGCGUUCAAACUCAUUCAUGCUUGUUCUCUGGCAGAGAAUGGUCGCAAAUCGGAAGCUUUGCAGUACGCCGAUGCCAUUACAGCAGCUCUAAAGGCAACUACAAAGCCAUCUGGCUAUCACAACCAACACCUGCUUUUCGGAGUAGACGAGCUCUCGGCGCGCUUGAGACAAACGACAAAUGACAGUGGGUCUUCUUGGAUCUCUAGACCAAGCAUGGAGAAGGUUUCUGGUUCGAUGUGGGCCAAGUUCAACAGUUUCGUUGCUGGUGAAGAUAGUGACGCCGCCUCAACAGGUUCCGGAAAAGCUGGAGACGGAGAUAUUGGGCCGUUUGCUAAGUUUUCCGGCACUCCAACCGUCAGUCGGUCGCCAUCCGUGUCGGACUUUGGGCCCUACUCCUUGCCUGCAGCCCAGUCAGCGCCAGGCAGCGGCCCUUCACGAUAUCAACCGGGCAACCAGUACAUCCCCAACUCCUCCCCUGAACAAUAUCGUGGAAGAUCAUCUCUUGAUUCCCAGAGAUCAUUGUCGUUCGGGUUCUCGUUUGGGCAACGACGAGGUUCCCAAGAACCAUCGACACCUGUUGAAAGCAGCGCGUAUCCAGCGUCGUAUAUGCCCCUGGCGCCUGUUGUGGAAGAUUCAGCCUCUCAGCCCUACCCUGUCGAACCUGCCCCAAUGCAAGGAUCCCCUGUGAAUAUCUCACCCUACCAACCCCCGGUUAAUGAGUCCUUUGGCGAACCUCUGGAUCAAAGUUUGGCGACAGUACCUGCAUCUGGCGUUGCCGGCUACUUUCCGCCCGGUGCCGGUAGUGGCUAUGAACCACCUUCCGUCGAAAUUAGCGCAGCUCCUACAUUGGACACCACGGAAGAGCCCACCCAUCAGGAUGUCCUAAAAAAGAAGAAGUCCUUCAUGGACGAUGAUGAUGACGAUGACCUUGCGGCGCGUGCAGCCGCUAUUCAGAAGGCUGAGAAGGCACGCAAAGACCGCGAAGCCGAUGAGGCCUUCAGAAAAGCUGCGGAAGCUGAUGCCAAUAGACCCCCCGCUGCAGCGAAGAAAUCAUGGUUUGGCGGUUGGUUUGGAGGAGCAAAGAAAGAGAACGACAACCACAAUAACUCGGGGGGGCCUAUCCGUGCCAAACUUGGCGAGGAAAACUCUUUUUAUUAUGACAAGGAGUUGAAGAAAUGGGUCAACAAGAAAGACCCGAACAGCGCCAGUGUAUCACGUGGCACACCGCCACCACCCAAAGCGUCGGCUCCUCCUAGCAGAAGUGCCAGUGGUAGCACUGCACCGCCUGCAGCAAGCCUGGGCUUGGGACCUGAUAGUAGGCCUCCGUCGUCUGCAGGUGCUCCCCCGUCACUAUCCAGCAGCCCAGCACCACCCUCGCUUGCUGCCCCCCCACCUAUGCUAGGCACUGCUCGGUCAGCCUCUACUGGUGCAGCCAUGCCCACGCCACCAAUGGGCUCCUCUUUGCCCCCGCCUCGCCCUGCAACAUCGCUGAGCCAUGCCAGCUCCAUAGAUGACCUUCUUGGGGCACCACAGGCACGCAAGGGCGCCCCUGCUAAAGGACGGAAGAAAGGCCGAUAUGUCGAUGUGAUGGCGAAAUAGGCUAGCCAGCCUACUAGAUGCGGGGUCUUUUAUUUUUUUUCUUUUGUGUGAUCAUGUCUUACGAUUUUCCUAAUUCCCGGCCCCACGUUACUCUUUGCACAUCGUGAAGCGCAUACGGCUUGCGUGUGCUAUAGAAUUCUUCUAUCCGCCUGCACAAAAGUCUUGCAUAGUGCAUUGCCUCAAUGAGGAGCACAUUCUUCUUCUCGACCCCUUUGCAUGACCAAUAUAUUCCCGUGUACAAUAAAUAUUUGCAUAUGCACCUUAUGCAGUGCUUAUUGCUUCCCCUUAUUCCCC